AUGCCGAGCUUUGAGUACUACAAUGGUAGUUCUUUAAUGAAGAAAACUCCUGAGGAGAUGGUUGCGAUUCUUGAUGAGCUCACAGAUGAUGCUAACCAAUUGCCUGUUGAGAAUAAUGACAGAAGAAAAUCAGCUGGGGUUCAUCAAAAAAAUAGCUACAAUCAAGAAGGUGAAGAGAGGGUAGAUGAUGGUUUGAAGAAGAAGGGGAAGAAUAGAGCUCAGAAGAAGAAGAAGGAUGAGAACUCAAUGAAUGAGGAGAUCGAAGAGAGAAAAUACAUGUCUGUUCUACCUUUUCCCAAGAAGCAAAUAAGAGAGAAGUUGGACAAACAAUUCGGGCGUUUUCUAGAAGUACUCAAGCAGGAGAUAUUGCCUAACAAGCUUACGGUGGAAGAGACAUCGGUUGUCAAUGUCACAAAGCAUUGUAGUGUCAUUCUACAAAAUAAGCUCCCUAAAAAGUGUGGAGAUUUAGGGAGUUUUACUAUACUUUGCUCUUUAGGAAGUGCUAAGUUUGAAAAAUCAUUGUGUGAUUCAGGUGCUUCUAUUAUUCUUAUACCUUUCUCUAUUUUCAUGAAAUUGGAGGGAGAGAUUGGAAAAAUUAGAUCUAUACUUGUGUCUUUGCAGCUGGAAGAUCAUACAACAAUCACACCUGAAGGAAUAGUGGAAGAUGUGCUAGUUCAAGUGGAUAAAUUUGUGUUCCCUAUGGACUUCAAUGUGGUGAAUAUGGAAGAGAAUAGGGAGGUCUCUCUGAUUUUAGGGAGACCUUUCCUGGCUACUAGCAGAGCUAUUUUGGACAUUCAGGAAAGGUAG